AUGUCUGCUGAUCAACCGAUGCAUCACCAUCACUCGACGACACUUCACGUCGCCAAACGAUUGGAUAAGUAUAUUGAUCUACCGCCCCGCCCACAAUACAAGCUGAGCAAUGUGUUGCAACGUGGCAAUGUGCACUGUUUCAUCCGCUCAAAAGCCUCGUUUUUUGCCUUCCCCGACAAUAUCACGAAAAUGAAGAGCCGAUUUUUGAAUGUGACAACGAAUGGGUACUUGAUCAUUUAUAUGAACAGUUCCAAAGGAUUGGUUGUCGAUUUGCGGCAGGCGAUCAACGUUUUUUGUAACGCGGACCGUUUUGUUCAAAAGAGCAAAAAAAUUGACUCGCUACGCUGUCACUUGAAAAUCCGUCUCCAACAUGGUAAUAUCCACAUUUUUGUGCGAGACGACGAGGUUCACAAAUGGACGUGCGCCAUUAUGAGAGCAUCGGCGAAACCGAAGCCAAUGAGAAUGUCUACUAGGGAUUCAGAAGAAGAGAAAGGGAUUCUGAUGACUGCUGUGGAACAAGAGGAUUCUGGAAACUUUGAAGAGAUGACGCCAUCGACGUCGACGGCUCCAGAAUCUUGUCACGAGGUUCUAGGAGAAGAGGAAGAGGAGACGUCGGAUGUAGUGAAUACAGUCAUUGAACGGCCAGAAUGCGCUCCAGAGCCAACGACAACGACGUCGGUCCGUUCGCUUUGUCAAAAACUGGAGCACAGCCUCCGAAUCAAAUCAAAGGAUCAGGUGCUAUCGGAGAGAAGAUACCGUAAUCCAUCGAUUUCUACACCACAAUUCGUCUCGGAACUCUUCCAUGAGCCCCAAGGAGAGUUUUGCGAAGAAACUAUUGUAGUUUUGGAGCCAACAAAUCCAAAGGAAAAGGCUGAGCAACAGGAGGAAGUGGAUAGAGAGAAUACGUGGUGGACCAGAUCAUUGAGAUGCUAA